AUGCCGGAGUUAGGCUUAAAGUCCAAGUGGCUCCGCACCGUGCCCUGCUCUAUCUCUAAGCAGGCUGAUCUGAUAAGGUGUGGGAAGCCGCUACAGAGCCAAGUACAGCUGAAAGGUCGUGACCUCCUCACUCUGAAGAACUUCACUGGAGAGGAGAUUCAGUACAUGCUAUGGCUGUCUGCAGAUCUGAAAUUCCGGAUAAAGCACAAAGGAGAAUAUUUGCCUUUAUUGCAAGGGAAAUCCUUAGGAAUGAUUUUUGAGAAAAGAAGUACUCGAACAAGACUCUCCACAGAAACAGGCUUUGCUCUUCUGGGAGGACACCCUUGUUUUCUUACCACACAAGACAUUCAUUUGGGUGUGAAUGAAAGUCUCACGGACACAGCUCGUGUGUUAUCUAGCAUGACAGAUGCAGUGUUAGCUCGAGUGUACAAACAAUCGGAUCUGGACAUCCUGGCUAAGGAAGCAUCCAUCCCAAUUGUCAAUGGACUCUCAGACUUGUAUCAUCCUAUCCAGAUCCUGGCUGACUACCUCACACUCCAGGAACACUAUGGCUCUCUCAAAGGCCUUACCCUCAGCUGGAUAGGGGAUGGGAACAACAUCCUGCACUCCAUCAUGAUGAGUGCUGCAAAAUUUGGGAUGCACAUUCAAGCAGCUACUCCAAAGGGUUAUGAGCCAGAUCGCAAUAUAGUCAAGCUGGCAGAGCAGUAUGCCAAGGAGAAUGGUACCAAGUUCUCAAUGACAAAUGAUCCAUUGGAAGCAGCACGUGGAGGCAAUGUAUUAAUUACAGACACUUGGAUAAGCAUGGGACAAGAGGAGGAGAAGAAAAAGCGCCUUCAGGCUUUCCAGGGUUACCAGGUUACAAUGAAGACUGCUCAAGUCGCUGCGUCUGACUGGACAUUUUUACACUGCUUGCCUAGGAAGCCAGAAGAAGUGGAUGAUGAAGUGUUUUAUUCUCCACGGUCAUUAGUAUUCCCAGAGGCAGAAAAUAGGAAGUGGACAAUCAUGGCUGUCAUGGUAUCCCUGCUGACAGACUACUCACCUGUGCUCCAGAUGCCAAAAUUUUGAUGCUUCGAUGCAUGUCAAGAGAAAAUCACUGCUCUUUAGCAACAGAAUAAGUCAGUUUAUGGGAAAAGAGAAGAAUUUAAAAUGUAAACAAACCCCUAAUACAUGAUAUGAGUAACAUA